GUUGUGCCUGUGAUUGUGCCCCGCUUGACACACGUGUGGCUCAGCACGAGCAGGACUUGCCAGAGAGGAGACCGGUGCGGGACUGUUUCAUCUCUCUGUCCCGGUUUGUUACUAUCGGCGCCUGUCUGGUUGAGCGCUCCUUCAGACAGAGUACCCGCCUCGUACACACAGACAGCAAGAUGGAGAUAGAGAAGGAAAUGAAGAAGGUGACUCUCGGCCACGAGUUUGGCGCUGGAGCGGCGUGCUUAAAAUGCAAGGACAAAUGCGAGGGAUUCGAGCUGCACUUCUGGAGGAAAAUUUGUAGGAACUGUAAGUGCGGCCUCACAGAACACGACGUGUCAAUGAACUCUGAGGAGAACAAGAAGGUUGGCAAGCUGUUUGAAGACACCAAGUACACAGGCCUCAUAGCCAAACUGAAAACGGAUGGCAUCCCAGGCUACCAGGGCAACAUGGUGACCAUCACUCUGCCCAGCCCCACCACUGCUUACACAGUGCCCCCUAUGGCUUCCUCUACGAUGGUACCUCCUUCCCCCACAGCAGCAUACGCACAGCCUGCUGUGACCUCUCCAGGGCCGGUGCCCAUCGGCUCUCCAGCACAAGCCCAGGGGAAGCCUCUGGUUCUGUCCACACACGUCACCGUCACUCCAGUCAAGGCUAACAAGGUGCCGGUUACUGCUAACGUUACAGCGGCCAAUGCAGUUCCAGUCCCCAAAGAUGUUCCAAUGAGAUCCGUCACCUAUGAGUGGGCACCACCAGUGGCCAACAAGCAUCUGGCGGUGCGCUACAUUGAACUGCUCCCACCUGAGAAGCGUCCGGUUGCCGGGACGCAGGGGGCCGCUUACCGCCGGCAGCAGAUGGAUCGCCAGCUGCCUGAGCACGACCAGGACCCGUCCAAGUGCCAUGAGCUGAGCCCUGCGGAGGUGAAGCAGAUGCAGCAGUACAUCCGUAAAUGCAAGGACGAGGCCUUGGGCGUCGGAGAUGUCCUGCUGCCUGAGGAGGUGGCUCAGAUUCAGGCAGGUGGAGCGGGUGCAACAGUGGCUGGUUCUGGAGGUACACCGGGGAGGGCUGGGUUUGGUCCCGGAGCAGCUGGUGUUGGAGGGGCUGGAAACGUACCAGGUGUUGGAGCUGGUGGUGCCAAUUCUGCACCAGUUCUUAUGGGUUCUGGUGUUGGUGGAUUUGGACCUGCCGGAGCUGGAGCCGGUGCUGGAGCUGGAACCGGAACCGGAGCCGGAGCUGGAACCGGAGCUGGAACCGGAGCUGGAACCGGAGCUGGAACCGGAGCUGGAGCCACUCCAGGGUCAGGGACUGAUCAGUCUGCUGGUCUGAGACCAGCCGGAGGGUCACUGGGUACCGUUGCCAGUGCUGGAGCCAUCAACUCCGGACUGCCACAGAAGAACUUUUCCUGCCAUCACUGUAAGAAACCCAUGCUGCUGGGCGAGCCAGCCGUCUACGCCGAGCGGGCCGGCUACGACAAACUGUGGCACCCGGCGUGCUUUGUGUGCUGCACCUGCAGUGAACUGCUGGUAGACAUGAUUUACUUCUGGAAGAAAGGCAAGAUGUUCUGCGGACGUCACUAUGGAGACAGCGAGAAGCCCCGAUGUGGCGGCUGUGAUGAGCUGAUCUUCAGUAAUGAAUACACCCAGGCGGAGGGACAGAACUGGCAUCUGAAGCAUUUCUGCUGUUUUGACUGUGACUGCAUCCUAGCUGGAGAGACUUAUGUGAUGGAGAACGACAAGCCCAUCUGCAAACCCUGCUACAUGAAAAACUACGCUGUGAAAUGUGCCUCAUGCCAGAAGGCGGUGGAGCCUGAGGCUCAGAGGGUUUCCUACGGCGAGCACCACUGGCACGCCGAGCCGGACUGCUUCAAAUGCUCUGGUUGCACCAAGUGCCUGAUUGGCCAGCGCUUCAUGGCAGUGAAGAACUGCCUGUUCUGCUCCGUGGAGUGCAAGAAGAAAGUCAUGGCGUAGACCGUCCUAUCUGUCUUCCAGAGCAGAGAGAACAGGGGACAGUGAUGGCUUGAGGUUGGGUUAACAUAUUAGUGUGCCUCUUCCCUUUAAUAUAGUAACCUACUGCAGCAGUGUCUUCAAUUCAGGGUAAGGGAUCGGGGUUGACUUGCACUGAUUUCGUUUAUAGUUUCUACUUUUUGCUAAAGUCCGGCCCAUAUUUUGACAUAUUCUACCCCCAAACGACCCAUUACAUAUGUUUACAUUAUCUUCCCAAUUCUGAGCUAGAAAGUGGUAAUAAUGUAGACGAUAGCAUCGUGUUCUGGCUCUAAGCAUUACUGAACUGCCACAUCUCUGAUUUAGAAUGCACAUGUAACAUGUGUUUUUCAUGUCACUCAUUGUACAUGUGAAUGUGGUUUACAAAAUCACUGCAGAAUUGAUGUAACACCUGUCUGCUGUCUCAUCCCGCACUCCGCCUCUCAUUGUAGUACUCCACAUUGUGCAGAUGUUUCAUUGUUUAUUUUUUUUAUUCUUGGACAAACCAAAUUAAUAAAAAUGAUGUAAAAUCAUG